CAAUUCAGCUUUUGAUUCAUUUGGUAAUAAUAAUAAUAAUAAUAAUAAUAAUAAUAAUAAUAUCGCCUCAAAUAAUUUGUUUUGGCGGUUCAAAUACUAACACCUCUACUAGUUUAACUGGAAAUCUUUUCAACAAAAAUAAAGGUGGCCUUUUUAACGACACACAAAAUAAUCAAAAUCUUAAUGGAGGUCUUUUCAAUAACAAUAAUAACAAUAACACCGGUCUAUUUCAAAAUGGUAAUCUAAAUAACAAUUCCACUAAUUUAAUAAUAACAAUACUGGUAAUUCCAAUAAUUUAUUUAAUGAUAAUAAUAAUAAUAAUAAUAAUAAUAAUGGUAUCUUUGAUAACGGCAAUUUUAACAAUAAUAUAUUGGGUAAUAACAUGAAUCAAUUGCAACCACAACCACAACAGCAAUCAUUGGUCAAUCAGGAAUAUCAUGCAACUCCUUUUUUUUCUAAUCCCAAUUUUUAUAAACUCAUCACCCCAGAACUAAAAGAAACAUUACCAUAUGUAUCUGUGAUUCGGCAAACGAAGAUUCCUAACAGUUCAUCUACUAUGGUUUUCAGUGAUAUUUUAUCAUUUGUUCCUUUAUUGGAAUCAAAUGAUAUGAAAGCAAGUGUUUUUAAUAGAAGUAAUAAUAAAAUUAUAGCAAGUAAAUUAGUUAACGCCAAAAUUGAUGGUCUUAUUCAACGCACUUUGAUUAAUUCUGAAGAUUCAAAAGCUUUAAUUAUUAGAAAGUUCAAAAAACCAUUGGAUUUCAGUUCAGAAAAAAAGAUUGUUUCUUUAUCAAACUCAAAACCUAAAGAAAUUGAAUAUCAAAAUGGAGAAUUUUCCAAUUCUCAUGAUAAAGAAGGGAAUGAUGCUAAAGCUCAAAAUCUUGAGAAUGGUAUCGCUGAGAAAGCCCUAAACUUUAAAUCAAGUACUGAUAAAGAAAAUUUAAUUACUGACUAAGAUGGUUAUUGCUACUCUCCCUCAAUUAAUGAACUCAAUGAGCUAUCUUUAAUGAAGUUACUUUCAGUUGAAAGUUUCACUACUGGGCGUGAAGGAUAUGGUAAAAUCGAGUUUAAAGUUCCUGUUGAUCUUUCUGUGUUUUUAUCAUAUUCUGAGAUUACUAGAAACAGAAUCGUAUUCAAUAAACAAGCAUGUAAUGUUUAUUCAAAUGAAGAUGAAAAACCACCUGUGGGUGAAGGAUUUAAUAUUCUUCCAAGAGCCACCCUUGAGAAUUGUUUUCCAGUUUUGAACAAAGAAAUCAUUACUGAUCGAACCCAUC